UUAGGAAAGAGGGCGCUUUUUAGCACCUUUUUCGCAGCGCCCCCUGGGCAAUGCAAGAACCCCAUAGGUCACAAAAACAGCAGAUUAAGAGAGAGCUCUUAUUUGAUAACUCGCGGGGCAGCUCACUAUUAUUCGAAGCUAGGACGGGGGUUUUGAAAACGAAAACAUACAGGGCUAAAUUUGAAGACGUGGACCUUCGGUGCACAGCAUGCGGAGCCGAAAUGGAGACCACUGAGCAUAUAGUGCUGAGAUGCACAGACCUUCGCCCAACCCUGGCAGAGGGAACUGUGGCAGAUAUGGAAGGGGCAUUAGGUUUUCCCGGGGAACGAGGGCAAAUAGACGAGAAAAGAGUCACCGAAAAGAGUGGCAGUGACGAAGGGGAGGCUAGAGGAUUGGUGGAGGAAGUCAAGGGAUAAUACCAUAAAUCGGGGAGAUAAUGUUUCCUCUACUGUUUUAGAUAGUUAUUUUGGGGGGAGGAGGGGAGUGAAAACUAGGUUAAGGAAAAGAGGAUAAAGAAAGGAAAAAAAAAAGAAUAAUAUUAAAAUAGGAGGGGGAGCAAAAGGCUAGGUGGCGCCAGCCGCCACCCAUUACAAAGGGUAUAGCCGCAAUCCAUUCAUCCACCCAACCACAAAAGCCACUAAAGAACGUUAAAGUGUGGUCAUGGCCUUUUUAUGGCGGCUCCCGUGGCCGCGUUCUCGCGGGAGAUUGUCAUCACUAUUGAAGGAAGGCACUACUUUUUGAAUGUGCUCAAUGCAGGCCAAGUACAAGCUGCCCUCCUUGACAAAGGCAUAGUGACAACAUAUGAAGAGCCCGACUGGAUACGUCUGACAGUUACAGACUACAACCUCGCAAAUAAUUUUUUGCAGCAGGUGCCAGACAUCCAAGCACUGUCACAUCCUUCAAACAUAAACAUUCCAGAAAAUACUGUAGAUGUGGCACUACACAGAUGGAACGAUGAGGGCCAUGGGGACGCAGCCUUGCCGUUUGGCACCAACUUUAGAAUCUUGUACAGAGGCGUCAGCAACGAGCACGCAAGAAAACUGGCGUCUAUCGUCAUCGACCUUGUACUGAACAUCCCACAUCUUGGUUUGACUUCCUGGUACAGGAUACUUGCACUUAGCAUGGAGUGAUGAAGCAGAGCAGUGUACUUUUAUUAAAUGUGCAGAUUUUAGCAGUAUAACAGCAGUUCAUUAAAAAAACGUGUGCUGAAAAUAAAGUGUUCUUACCCACA